AAUGUUGCAGACCACAUCCCUCAGUUGGUGCAGGGUGUAAGAGGAAGUCAAGCUCAGGCGGAAGACCUCAGUGCCCAGCUUGCUCUAAUAAAUUCCAGCCAGAACUUCCUUCAGCCUGGAAGUAAAAUGGUGGCAUCUGCCAAAGCUGCAGUUCCCACUGUGACUGAUCAAGCAGCAGCAAUGCAGCUAAGUCAGUGUGCAAAGAAUCUUGCUACCAGCCUAGCUGAGUUACGAACUGCCUCGCAGAAGGCUCAUGAAGCAUGUGGCCCAAUGGAAAUUGAUUCUGCUUUGAAUACGGUCCAGACACUCAAAAAUGAACUGCAAGAUGCGAAGAUGGCAGCUGUGGAUGGACAGUUAAAACCUCUCCCAGGAGAAACUCUUGAGAAAUGCACUCAGGACCUGGGAAGUACAUCCAAAGCAGUUGGUUCAUCAAUGGCCCAGUUGUUAACUUGUGCUGCUCAAGGCAACGAGCACUACACAGGAGUUGCUGCCAGAGAAACUGCUCAGGCUUUGAAGACUUUGGCUCAGGCAGCACGAGGGGUUGCAGCAUCUACUACUGACCCUGUGGCAGCACAUGCCAUGUUGGAUUCAGCACGGGAUGUCAUGGAAGGCUCUGCUAUGCUUAUUCAGGAGGCGAAGCAGGCCCUGGCUGCACCAGGGGAUGCAGACAGUCAGCAGAGAUUAGCCCAGGUGGCAAAAGCAGUGUCUCACUCCUUAAAUAACUGCGUGAAUUGUCUGCCUGGACAAAAGGAUGUGGAUGUAGCCUUGAAGAGUAUUGGGGAAUCCAGCAAGAAGCUCCUUGUUGAUUCGCUACCUCCAAGUUCUAAGUCAUUUCAAGAAGCUCAAAGCGAACUGAACCAGGCAGCAGCAGACCUGAAUCAGUCAGCAGGAGAAGUCGUCCAUGCUACACGAGGCCAAAGUGGGGAACUGGCUGCAGCCUCUGGAAAAUUCAGUGAUGACUUUGAUGAAUUUCUUGAUGCUGGUAUUGAAAUGGCUGGCCAAGCACAAACUAAAGAGGACCAGAUUCAAGUAAUAGGUAACCUCAAGAGCAUCUCUAUGGCGUCCAGCAAGCUGUUACUAGCUGCCAAGUCUCUCUCUGUUGAUCCUGGAGCUCCUAAUGCCAAGAACCUCUUAGCAGCAGCAGCAAGAGCUGUGACUGAGAGUAUAAACCAGCUCAUCACACUGUGCACCCAGCAAGCUCCUGGGCAGAAGGAAUGUGAUAACGCACUGAGAGAACUGGAGACAGUCAAGGGAAUGCUGGAUAACCCCAGUGAACCUGUGAGCGAUCUCUCAUAUUUUGAUUGUAUUGAGGGCGUAAUGGAAAACUCAAAGGUUCUUGGAGAAUCAAUGGCGGGCAUUUCUCAGAAUGCAAAAACUGGGGAUCUUUUAGUCUUUGGAGAAUGUGUUGGAGUUGCAUCCAAGGCUCUUUGUGGCCUCACAGAGGCAGCAGCUCAGGCUGCUUACCUGGUUGGCAUCUCAGAUCCUAACAGUCAGGCUGGUCAGCAGGGUCUUGUUGACCCCAUUCAAUUUGCCAGAGCAAAUCAAGCAAUCCAGAUGGCUUGCCAGAACUUGGUAGAUCCAGCAAGCAGCCCAUCACAGGUAUUAUCAGCUGCCACAAUUGUGGCCAAACAUACUUCUGCUUUGUGCAACGCUUGUCGCAUUGCUUCAUCAAAGACAGCAAAUCCUGUUGCCAAGAGACACUUUGUGCAGUCUGCCAAGGAAGUUGCAAACAGCACUGCUAACCUGGUUAAAACUAUCAAGGCCCUGGACGGUGAUUUCUCUGACGAGAACCGCAACAAGUGCAGAAUUGCUACUGCACCUUUGAUAGAGGCUGUGGAAAAUCUGACGGCAUUUGCCUCCAAUCCAGAAUUUGUCAGCAUACCAGCACAAAUCAGCACUGAGGGAUCGCAAGCACAGGAACCAAUUCUAGUUUCUGCUAAAACAAUGUUGGAGAGCUCAUCUUCAUUGAUCAAAACUGCACGUUCUCUGGCUAUCAACCCCAAAGACCCUCCUACAUGGUCUGUACUAGCCGGGCAUUCCCAUACGGUCUCAGAUUCCAUCAAGAGUCUCAUCACCUCUAUCAGGGACAAGGCCCCAGGCCAGCGGGAAUGUGAUUGCUCCAUUGAUGGGAUCAACAGAUGCAUCAGGGACAUCGAGCAGGCCUCCCUUGCAGCCAUCAGUCAGAGUCUGGCCACCAGGGAUGACAUCUCAGUUGAGGCUUUGCAGGAGCAGCUGACAUCAGUUGUCCAGGAAAUUGGCCACCUCAUUGAUCCCAUAGCUACUGCCGCGCGGGGAGAGGCAGCUCAGCUUGGACACAAGGUAACGCAGCUGGCAAGCUACUUUGAACCCUUGGUUUUAGCUGCAGUUGGUGUGGCAUCCAAAGCACUAGAUCACCAGCAACAGAUGACCGUGUUGGACCAGAGCAAGACGCUGGCUGAAUCUGCCUUACAGAUGUUGUAUGCUGCCAAAGAGGGGGGAGGAAACCCCAAG